CCUAAAUUUACUCUCAGUUCAAAGUGCAUGUAAGAACCACUCCGCCCACAAUGCUGUAGCUUAUUACAGUCGCUGAAUCAAACGCAUCUGACUUGCCUCCGAACUUUGAAAAACUCCAGAUCUUACUAGAGAUCAUCCACUAUGACCAAACGAGUUGCAGUGAUCGGAGCUGGAGCCUCUGGCUUGGUAUCCAUAAAGUGCUGCUUGGAUGAGGGACUGGAGCCAAUGUGCUUUGAAAGCAGUGAUGACAUUGGGGGAUUGUGGAGGUUUAAGGAGGACCCGGAGUCCGACAGAGCCAGCAUCUAUCACUCCGUCAUCAUCAACACAUCCAAGGAGAUGAUGACCUACAGCGACUACCCCAUCCCGGCUCACUUCCCAAAUUACAUGCACAACUCUCUCAUCAUGGACUACUUCAACAUGUACACAGACCACUUCCAACUCCGGCAAUACAUCCAGUUACAGACACGGGUGCUGCAGGUCAAGCAGAGGCCAGAUUUCUCCCGCUCAGGACAAUGGGACGUAGAAACAGAGACGAGGGAUGGGAAGAGGGAAAGCCACAUCUUUGAUGCAAUCAUGGUUUGUGUCGGACAUCACUGUCACCCUCGCCUGCCACUGUCUGACUUCCCAGGCAUCGACACGUUUAAGGGGAAGUACUUCCACAGCAGGGACUACAAGGCUCCAGAGGAGUGGCGUGGGAAGAGGGCGGUGGUGGUUGGCAUCGGGAAUUCUGGAGGUGACAUCACCGUGGAGCUCAGCAGAGUGACCAAGCAGUCGUUCCUGAGUACUCGUCGUGGUGCCUGGGUUAUGAAUCGAGUGGCUGACAAUGGCCUUCCUGUGGACCUGGUCUUGAACAGAGUGGCACUUCUGAUGCAGAAGAUACUGCCACAUAACUUCAUCUGUGGUGUUGUCGAGAAUCGCCUCAACUUUCGGUUUAACCAUGCUAUGUAUGGGUUGCAGCCCAAACACAGGGUCUUCCAUCAGCACCCCACUGUCAAUGACGACCUGCCCAACCGCAUCCUCUCUGGCACGGUGCAGGUGAAACCCAACAUAAAGGAGUUCCGGAGCUCCAGCGUGGUCUUCGAGGAUGGCACCGUGGAGCACGACAUCGACCUGGUGGUGUUUGCCACCGGCUACAGCUUCUCGUUCCCCUUCCUUCCCCCCCACGUGCUCUCUGUCUCUGAGAACAAGACCUCUCUGUACAAGCAUGUCUACCCACCGGGGUUAGAGCACCCCACUCUGGCCAUCAUCGGAUUGAUCCAGCCUCUCGGCGCCAUCAUGCCCAUCUCAGAGAUGCAGGCUCGGUGGGCCACAAGGGUCUUUAAUGGGUCGAAUAAGCUUCCUUCGAUGGGUGUCAUGAUGAAGGACAUCAAAUGCAAAGAAGAGGCCAUGGCUAAGAGGUACGUAGCCUCCAGUCGGCACACUAUCCAGGUGGACUACGUCCCUUACAUGGAUGAGCUGGCUGGACAGGUGGGAGUGCAGCCCAGGUUCCUGUCUUUGCUCCUUCGAGACCCUGGCCUGUGGCUUAGAACUGUGUUUGGACCCAUCACACCAUAUCAGUACCGGCUGUUUGGACCUGGCCAAUGGGAGGGGGCCCGCCAGGCCAUCUACACGCAAUGGGAGCGAGUGGCUCAGCCCAUGAAGACGCGAGCCAUUCCUGCCAACGAGACCAAGCGUACCUUCAGCACCCACCUGCUCUUUCUGUCAGCCGCCGCUUUGGCGGGGGCAGUAAUCUAUAGGAGAGAAAACUACCAGGAGUACCUCCAGUAUCCCAUGAUGAUACUGGACAGGCUGAAGACAUAUCUGCCUGCUUAGUCAGAUGUCAGCGUUGGAAGUAUCAUGCGGUGUGACUGAUUGAUUUGUCUGUGAUGUUUUUCUUGCAUUUGUCUAAAUGAUUGUGAUUGUGAGUUUUUUAUAUCUGGAUUAUACUAAUGAAAUGCAUAAAGCUUAUGAAAGAGGGUCUAAAUAAGAUUUCAGAAUAUAUAGUUUUUAUAAUGCGGUAUUAUCAUUGCCUUUUUACUAUUUCAACAGUGAGGGAAGUAUUUUACUAUGCUAAAGUUAGUCUUCGAUGCUGCACCACCUUGUAAUGUUUUAAUUUACUGCAUUCCAGAUUGU